AGAAAGUAAUGUUUAAGGUUGGAGUUAGCAUAGAUACAGGGAAUUCAUUAUCUGUCAGUCCUCACAGUGGCAGUCUUACUUGUAUGUGUGUGUUUCCUCUCGGUGCAUGCAGGCUGCAGAUGUUCCUCUCGCGCUCUCUCGCUCGCGGGAAAUAAGUGCAGGCAGAGUGCAGGAUCACACACAGACACGUUCCUCUCCAGCUGCCUCGUGAGGCAGAGUGUGAUGCCAUGAGCGAGACAACGUCCAUCCUCUGCUGACAACCAUGAGCAACCGACUGAUUCCUGCUGUAAUGAACCGUCUGAAAAGGACUUUUAAGGGACUCGCCGGUAGAUUCACGCAGUCAAGAUGCGUUAUUUGACCAAAUCUCUGAUUUUAUUUCUAUAUUUUGCCAUUACCGGGGAAUGUUAUAAGCACGUUCACCGGGUGCGAAGGUGGGCCGGUACUGGGGAGACCCCAAAGCAUGGCACCUCCUUGUCAAAGAAGCCUCCAGAUGUGACGAAAUCUCACAUGAAGACAGAACACCUGCUCAAAGUAGAUGACCAUGACUUCACCAUGAGGCCAGCAUUUGGAGGUCCUGCAAUCCCUGUUGGAGUGGAUGUUCAGGUGGAGAGCUUGGACAGCAUCUCUGAAGUUGAUAUGGACUUCACCAUGACCUUGUAUCUGAGACAUUACUGGAAGGAUGACCGUCUGUCCUUCACCAGCAGCACCAACAAGAGUAUGACGUUUGAUGGCCGUUUGGUGAAGAAGAUUUGGGUCCCUGAUGUCUUCUUUGUCCACUCUAAGAGAUCCUUUAUCCACGAUACAACUACUGACAAUAUCAUGCUCCGGGUCUUUCCUGAUGGACAUGUGCUUUACAGCCUGAGAGUAACAGUAACAGCAGCCUGUAACAUGGACUUCAGUCGCUUUCCUCUGGAUUCUCAAACCUGUUCACUGGAGCUGGAGAGUUAUGCUUACACAGAUGAAGACUUGAUGCUGUACUGGAAGAGCGGAGAUGAGUCCCUCAGCAUUGAUGAUCGUAUCUCCUUAUCACAGUUUCUUAUUCAGAAGUUUCAUACCACAUCUCGCUUGGCCUUCUAUAGCAGCACAGGCUGGUACAAUCGUCUCUACAUCAACUUCACAUUGAGACGGCACAUCUUCUUCUUCCUGCUGCAGACGUACUUUCCCGCCACACUCAUGGUGAUGCUUUCAUGGGUGUCAUUCUGGAUUGACCGCCGGGCUGUGCCAGCCAGAGUCUCCUUGGGCAUCACCACAGUGUUGACCAUGUCCACCAUCAUUACUGGAGUGAAUGCCUCCAUGCCCAGGGUCUCCUACAUCAAAGCUGUGGACAUUUAUCUCUGGGUCAGCUUUGUCUUUGUCUUCUUGUCUGUGUUGGAAUACGCUGCUGUCAACUACCUGUCCACUGUCCAGGACCGUCGAGAGCGCAAAAUGAGAGAGAGAGUGCGGUCUCAGUCACUGCCCUGUACCUGUGGUAUUUCCCAAACACGAACCAUGACCAUGUUGGAUGGCACCUACAGUGAAGCUGACACCAAUAGUUUGGCUGGCUACACUGAAGAGCCCAUAGUACCUGAGGAAGUACAGGCAGACAUGCACGAGGUUUCUGAUAAACCUGAUCAUAUGGUGGUACACCUGUCAGUGAGUAGUGAGUCCACAACAACGAAGAAGAAGAAGAGCCUUCGUGCCCUCAACAUCAUCCAGAACACGCAUGCCAUUGACAAAUACUCCCGAAUGAUUUUCCCUGGUUCAUACAUCUUCUUUAAUCUUAUCUACUGGUCAGUAUACUGCUAAACAACACUGUCAGUCAAGACUGAGGCCAGUGGGGACAUUAGCAUACACAGAUAGUAUGAAUGCUACAUCAGUGAGACAAGGGACUAAUUCUGAGUGCUGUUGUGCUGCUAAAUCAUUAUAAUGAAGGACAUGAGCAAAACAUGUCUUAAAUGUUUCCAAUGUGACUAUGGGAUGUCAAUCAGUUAAAAAAAACAAAAGAUAUAAAUUCUGUUCCAAACCACUGAUGCUAAUUCUUGUCGUCUCUUUUAGCUUUGUCAGUUGUCAGCUGCUAUUGAAAAGGUCUUUGUACAAAUUACUGCUAUUCCUGGUAUGAUGAAGAAACCGUAUAUUUUGUAUUUUAAUUGUAUAGAUAAAGAUACAGUGUAUAGUGUCUGUAUUUAUGCCGUGAGGUUUUGAUUGUUUAUUUAUAUUUAUUGUUUUGAUUUUUAACAAUCAUAAAAUGAAAGUCACAACGCA